AUGGAACGUUGGAUUAGAGUUGAGUUUAUUCUCGACAGAGAAGGAAGAAGGAAUUGUCCAGUUGCUUUCUCAAAGGAUUUCGUUGGAGGCUUAAUUGCAACCUGCUGUUUCUUAUUAUCCAGUUUUGUUCCUUCAAUUGGUGCUUCGGGUGGUUUAUUAUGUAUUUGGAAUUCGAAUUUUAUUUCUCCUUCUAGGAUUGUCAAAGCCAAUAGAUGUAUUAGUAUGGAUUUUAUUUGGGGCAGUUUGAAUAUCAGAUUUAUUUUGGUUUAUGCUAGCAAUUGUCCAAAAGAGCGGGCUUCUUUGUGGGAUGAUAAUAUUGCAGAACUUUGCUCGGAUUUUACUUGUAUUCUUGUGGGUGAUUUCAAUGAGAUAUUGGAUUAUUCAGAGCGCUUAAAUUGCACUGCUCUCUCUUCUUCUAUGCUUGAGUUUUCAGCUUUUGUUUCCGCUUCUAACUUAAUCGAAGCUACUCUUCAAGGUAGGUUCUUUACAUGGCAGAACAAUACUGUUAGAUCAAAAAUUGACAUAUGCUUUCUAUCUUCCUCUGCUCUUUGUUCUUGCCCGAAUUAUAUUUUGAAAGCUUUGCCUAAGUCGUACUCGAAUCACGUUCCUAUUCUUUUCAGUUCAGAGGCUGCAAAAUGCGAACUUGGUGAUAAAAUCGAGGGAGCUGCAGAAAUUGAUAAAUAUAUAUCGACUCUGGAGGCAGCUACCGAUUUGAGCAACUUGAGUGAUGCUGACGCGUCAAGGCUUGGAGAUCUUCGGUCCGAGUUUGAUCAUCUAUCGAAGCAUUUGGAAUCUCUUUGGCACAAAAAAUCGAGGCUUAAUUGGAAUUUAAACGGAGAUAGAAACACUAAAUAUUUUCAUACAGUAGCUUCUAUUUACUCUAGGAGUAAUAUGAUUUCUGAGUUUCUUAUUGAUGGUGUCUGUUACACUUCUCUUGCAGAUAUUAAGCAAAGGGUGCAUUCUUUUUACAAGAAUUUGUUUCAAAGGAAUUCUAGAGUUAACUUCUCUUUGGAGGAUCUUCCCAUUAAGUUGUUCUCUGAUAUUCAAGCUGCAUUGCUUUCAUUUCCUUUCUCUGAAGAGGAGAUUUUUUCCACUCUUAUAAGUUGUGAUGAUAAUAAAGCGCCGGGUCGGAUGGGAGCUUCAGAUAUUAAGGACUUUAGACCGAUCAACUUGAUCAACGGAGUCUUUAAGAUAAUCACCAAGGCUCUAGCAAAUACAUUAUCUCUGGUUCUUCCUUUGGUUAUCUCAGAGAACCAAUUUGGUUUCAUUAAAGGGAGGAGUACAUAUGAUUGUCAUAUGAUUGCCUCUGAGAUUAUUCAUCUUAUUAAACGGUGCAAGGAAAAAGUCUUUCUUUUCAAGCUUGAUUUCAGAAAGGCUUUUGAUACUAUUUCUUGGCAAUUUAUUUUGCAGAUGCUUCAGAGAAUGAACUUUGAUAGUAAAUGGAUUAUUUGGAUCUCGGCGUGUUUUGAAUCUGCUCAGUUAUAUGUUCUUCUUAAUGGCUUCCCAUCAGAUAAUUUUUUUAUGGAGAAUGGAGUUCGCCAAGGGGAUCCCAUUUCUCCUAUGCUUUUUGUUUUGGCUGUGGAGAGUCUGAUAGCUAUUUUUGCCAAAGCCUGUGCCUUGGGCCUGUUUCUGGCGUUCGAGUAG